GUUCCAUCACUACCAACCAUCAAUACUAUCCAUUCUAUCAUCAACAAACACAGAUAUCAACCCAGAAAAGAUAACAUUUCUUUCUAACCUCUUUUUCACGACUCCCACUUCAGCCUCACACUUGUGACGGCUGCUCAAGCGAGAGACCGCUUCAUCAACACUCGAUAUGCCAGAGCCGGUCUCUACUUCCAGGAAGAAGACAACGACUAUGUCGUUCAAAUCUGCUCUCCUCAAUCCAAAGAGCAGGCGUCAGAAGAAAAGGGUCCACUGGGACGCUUCAGCAAAAGACAACGAGUAUAAAAUGCAACCUAGAACGCCGGCGCUUGCUCCAAACAAGAAAACCGCAACAGCAGAAAAAGUCAUGGCUGCUCAAAGAGCGAAGCUCCAGAAUGGAGGAAAAUCACUGACGUCCCAGGGCUCGAGCUAUCGCAGUCCCAGUCCGCACCCAUUCUCCAAAACAUCAUGGAGUGCUCUGGACUCGCAAUCACAGAGUGUCAAUCGGCUUGCGGACCGGAAUCCUCCUCCACCCCCGAAAGCUGCCGGGUCAAGUGGCCAUGCUCAUUCGAAUCAUGGACAGAGUAAUCCAAUCACGACUCGUACCUCGACUCAUCACCAGGGCAAAGUCUAUGCUCCGACAACAAGUCAAUCUUCCAAAAUCCAAUCUCAACAGACUCAUGCACCAAAGAAAGCCGGAGAAAGCUCGACACAUAGCCAGAGACACCCCACUUCAGCGAAUACUGCGACCAAGAUGGCCACGCAUCGACCACAGCCGAGUGUACCAAGUCAGGGAAAGGCUGCCCAGUCUACCAGGCAUCAGUCCCAGUCGAGCGUCACCACAGAUCAAUCCCACAAGGCUGUGCAUCAUCGGGAGAAGCCGGCAGUAGCUACGGCUCCUGCAAACACCGGAGCCAGAAGGGAUCCGAAGCAUUCAGGACAAGAAAGCUCGAAGAAGAGAUCAAUGGCAUUUGCACGUGUUCCACCGGCUGUCCCAGAUCCGCCAGAGCGCCGAUGGGUGCAGCCACCACCAACACCAAGACCGGCGAGAUUGCCAACUCCAGAUUUGCAAGAGAUUGGUGGCCGAUACUUUUGCCAUUGUGAUGUGGGCCAUAGAAAUCAGGAUUGUAUGUCCCAUCGGCCAGAUGCGACCAGAAAUGCAAACCUAGACAUGAACCAGAUGGACAUCAAUCUUCAGGCUGCGAUGGCACAGAUACAAGCCGACCGUUUAGCUUAUCUAGAGAUGCAUGGAUAUCUAAAUUAAGAUGGAAGAUGAAGUGACGAUGAUGUUUGCUGUUUUUCGUAGGUUUUGGUCGAUCCUCUUUCCAUUUUGCUGAAAUGCUGGUGUUUGGUCCGGGAAUGGUGACGG